UUUUAUAUUGUUUUUGCGAACGAGAACAAUGCUUGGAUACAAAAUGAUAACCAUGGCCUUCGUUUAUCCCCAAACUCUGACCAGACCGACGGCGAUCUCUUGCCUCCCCGAUGAGACGCCGGCCACUGAUCCACCGGCGCGGAAGCUGCCGCGUGGAAGCUCCCAGCUGAACCGAUGGUCCAUGGCACGGUCGCUUCGCUCCGGGCGCCGUCUCGACUGGUCGGCCCAGCGGAAGGACUCCGCCUCUACGAACACUGUCUCUCUGAUCCAGCCGGCGAUCUCGUCGGACGAUGAGGAGGUGGGGGUGGACGACGGAGAUAUGUCGGCUGGGAAGGCGAUAUACAUGGUGUCGGAUGGGACGGGGUGGACGGCUGAACACUCGGUGAACGCGGCGUUGGGGCAAUUCGAGUACUGCCUCGUCGAUCGUGGCUGCGCCGUGAACACCCACCUCUUCUCCGGGGUUGAAGAUGUCGAAAGACUGAUCGAGAUCAUAAAGCAAGCUGCAGAAGAAGGUGCUCUUGUACUCUACACUCUUGUGGAUCCUUCAAUGGCUGAAGCUGCAAAACAUGGCUGCCAACUAUGGGGAGUCCCAUCUGCCGACAUUCUCAGCCCCACAACGGAGGCCAUUGCCACACAUCUUGGUGUAGCUCCAUCUGGUAUCCCUCGAGGUGCUCCCGGGAGAAAUCCACUCUCCAAGGAGUACUUCAAACGAAUAGAAGCCAUUGAUUUCACCAUCAAACAGGAUGACGGCGCUCUUCCUCAGAACCUUAACCGUGCCAACAUUGUUCUUGUCGGUGUUUCGCGCACAGGAAAGACACCCUUAUCAAUUUAUCUGGCUCAGAAGGGCUAUAAGGUGGCGAACAUUCCAAUUGUGAUGGGUGUAGACCUUCCAAAGACAUUGUUUGAGAUCAACCAAGAUAAAGUGUUUGGAUUAACAAUUAAUCCAGUUGUUCUGCAGACCAUUAGGAAAGCCAGAGCCAAGAGUCUUGGUUUCAGUAAUCAGAUGGAGAGUAACUAUUCAGACAUGGAACAUGUUCGCGAAGAGAUCGAGUUUGCUAACAAGAUUUUCUCUCAAAACCCUGUAUGGCCGGUGAUCGAGGUUACUGGAAAAGCAAUAGAAGAAACUGCUGCAGUUAUUUUGAGGAUUCUUCAUGACAGGAAGAAGAAAUGCUCCAUGCCCAGCAUCUCCAAAAGAUACUAAGAACUAUUUAUUUGAAAUUUGUGCAUGACCAGGUUAUCAAAUCUUGUAACACAUCUCUGUAAAUAUUGUACAUACAUAAAAACAUAAAUAUAUAUAUAUAUAUAUAUAUAUAUAUGCUGUGAACUU